GACAGUAGAGCAAAAAAUAUCCAUGUGAAAAUUGAUUUUACUGUCCAUAUAUGAAUGAAAGGCUUGCUCUUUGUCAGACUGUCUUUCCUUUCUCCACUCCUCCAUUCAUUCCCUCCACUCCUCCCUCCUUCAGUUCAGUAUGGUGGAGGUGAAUGAUGAGAACUACACACGUGUGUCAGAGUUUGUGAUCGUGGGUUUCCCGGGGCUCCACCCAUCCUACUUCCAGCUGAUGGCCUGGUUCUUCUUCUGCAUCUAUGUCACCACGAUAUUGGGGAACUUCCUGCUGGUUGGGCUGUUUGUCCUGGAGAGGAGCCUGCAGAAACCCAUGUACAUUAUCAUGCUCAGCCUCACCCUGUCUGAUAUUGGUUUUGCCACGGUGGCCCUCCCCAAGGUGAUAGCUCGAUGGUGGUGGGACGAUGGCAGGAUUUCCUUCCAUACCUGUCUAUUCCAGAAACAGAUGAUCCACUACUUUGGCACCUUGAAUUCUCUCAUCAUGAUGACCAUGGCUAUGGACCGGUACCUGGCUAUCUGUCACCCUCUUAGAUACUCCAUGUUAAUGACCAACAGGACCAUGACUGGUUUAACAGUCUUCUCCUGGAUGUCAGCCACAGUCGCACCUGCCAUUGGCACCAUGGAUUUCACCACGAAAGUGGUGUUCUGUGGUCCCAAUCGUAUCCUUCAUGCAUACUGCGAUACAGUGUCCCUGAACCUUCUGGCCUGUUCCAACAUAGUGCCGAUCAAUGAGAAAUCCUAUAGCCUGGCCAUGUUCGUCCUCCUCGCACCCUUCACCUUCAUCAUCUUCUCCUACAUUCAUAUCAUCGUCUCUGUGAUGCGCAUAGCCAACGCCCAGGGCAGGAUGAAGACCUUCUCUACCUGUGCUACUCAGAGUUUCAUCAUCCUACUCUACUACAUCCCACGCUUUGUAGUCUACUCGACUCCUUUCAUCCCAAAGCUGAUCAUUCCCAUUGACUUCCGCAUCGGCCUCACCCUCCUUUAUAGCCUGUUACCCCCAGUCGCCAACCCAUUUAUCUAUUGCUUCAGGACCAAGGAGAUCAAGGCCAUCCUGGUGCGCUGGGUACAUGGCUGGAGGAAC